AUGCCUGGCGCCAAAUUUUACCCUCAAUCCACGGAAGGAUUCUCCCUGGAAUUGUUCAAUAACCCGCCUGCGGACUACAGAGGUGCUCCGUUGUGGUCAUGGAACAAUAAGCUGAACAAGGAGCAACUGCUCUAUGAAAUUGAUGUGAUGAAAGAGAUGGGUUUCGGAGGCUACCAUAUCCAUGCCAGAGCUGGUCUUGAUACCAAAUAUAUGGGCGACGAGUUCAUGGAUCUGGUGCAGGAUUGUGUUGAAGAUGGUAAAGAAAGGGGAAUGCUCACUUAUCUAUACGAUGAGGACAGAUGGCCCUCGGGAAGUUGUGGAGGUGCCGUUGUUAAGGCAAACCCAGAAUUUCGUGCGAAACAUCUGUUGAUGACGAAAUUUCCAUAUGGUGAAGCCCCAGACACCGAGCCACCAGCAUUCACUCUUGGUUCCAUUCGUAUGGAAAACGGUAAAUUGGUGGGUGUUUACAGUGUUGAGCUGGACAAGGCUGGAUUUUUGAAGAAAUACACCAAGUUGGCCGAUAACGAGGUUGCGGCUGCCAAGGGAGAUCCUGCAGUUUCGGUCUGGUACGCAUAUCUGGAGUACGACGCUCCUUCCAUGUUUUUCAAUGGCUCUUCUUAUGUGGAUACUCUCAAUAAAACGGCCAUUGAUGCUUUUAUUCAGAGCACCCACGAGAAAUACUACUCCAAGGUUGGAAACGAGUUUGGUAAGGCCAUCAAGUCCAUCUUCACGGAUGAGCCGCAGUUCUCACACAAAUCUGCAUUUGAGAAAGCGGAUACGCAAGAGGAGGCAUUUUUGCCAUGGACUACAGACUUAGAAGAUACUUUCAAGGACAAAUACGGCUAUUCUUUGUUGCAAAAAGUUCCAGAGUUAUUCUGGGAUAUUAGAGAUAAUGCCUCUAAACCCAGAUACCAUUACCACGACCACGUCUGCGAGCGUUUCAACGAGGCUUUUGUGGAUAACAUUUCUGCAUGGUGUGAGGAUCACGGAAUAUCUCUUGCAGGUCACAUGAUGCACGAGGAAGAUCUUCUGACUCAGACCGAGGCCUUGGGAGAGGCCAUGAGAUCCUAUAGAGCGUUCCCUCUUCCAGGUAUCGACAUGCUUCAAGACAAACAUGAGUACCACACUGCUAAGCAGGCUCAGUCUGUGAGCCAUCAGUACAACAGAGAAGGUGUUUUGUGCGAGGCUUAUGGUGUGACUGAUUGGAACUACACUUUCCAAGGCCACAAGUCGCAGGGUGAUUGGCUCGCUGCUUUGGGAGUAACCAUGAGAUCUCACCACCUUACAUGGGUCUCCAUGAGAGGUCAAUCAAAGAGAGAUUUCCCAGCCUGUAUUGGCUACCAAUCUCCAUGGUAUAAAGAGUAUUCCCUGGUGGAGAGUCAUUACGCCAGACUAAACACUGCUCUUACUCGUGGUAAGGCAGUUAUCAAAAUUGGUGUUAUUCAUCCUAUUGAGAAUUACUGGCUUGCUUAUGGACCAUGGCAGACCUCUGUCGCUGAGAGACAGCACCGUAUGGAGAAUUUCGAUGCCUUGAUCAAGUGGCUAUUGUACGGAUUGCUUGAUUUCGACUACAUUUCUGAGUCAUUAUUGCCAGACUUGAACGAUUUGGACAAGAUUUCCAAUAAGUUUGAGGUUGGCUCUAUGGCCUACGAUGCUAUUAUCGUUCCUUCAGCAAAGAAUUUAAGAAAGACCACCUACGACAGAUUGCUUAAAUUUGCAUCCAAUGGUGGCAAGGUGAUCAUUAUGGGUGAAACCCCAUCUUUGGUUGAAGUCACUCCCGAACCAGAACUUAUCUCUAAACUUGUGGCUGAAAGUGAGUCCAUUCCUUUCAACUACAAGGCACUUCACGAUUCCUUGCUUCCUUUCAGAGAAGUAGGUCUUGAGUUCGUUAAUCCAAAGGAUCCUCUGUGCCUGCUCUACUCUCGUUAUAAAGAGAAUAUCCUGUACAAUAUGAGAGAGGAAUCUGAUGGAUCUAGGUGGUUGUUCAUGUGCAACACCGACAAAGUUCAACAGAGACCUAACGCUUUGAUCACUUUGAAGGGAACCUGGGAUCUAACUGGGUUGGAUACUCUCAAUGGUGGUGAGUUUGACUUGGCCUACACAGUUGAUGCUGAGAGAAACGUGACCGAGUUUUACCACACCUUCCAUAUUCUUGGAUCUCUAUUGUUGCGCUUGAUCCCUGCAAAAUCUGCCAAAUAUGAGGCUGCUGAGAUUGUUCCAAGAAAACAGAUUUCUGAGCUUAUGUUGGCCGAGCCUGUCGGGUUCAGCUUGGAAGACCCAAAUCCUCUUUUGCUUGACAGAGCCUUCCAUAAAUUGCCAGACGGAACUUGGUCGGAGACUGACGAAGAGAUUCGCAGACUCGACAACAUUUUGCGUAAUGAAAGUGGAAUUCCAAAGCAUGGAUUCUCUACUAUCCAACCUUACUGUGUUGAGGAUAAGAAGACUCUUCCAAGUAAACGUGUAUACUUGAGGUUUGAGUUCAAUUCUGAAAUUGAUGUUGCUAAGUCUCAUCUUGCUACUGAGCAUCAUUCUUCACCCCACUUCUCCUUCGAUUCGCAGUUACAGCUCAAAUUUGAUGGAGAAGAUGUGGAGAUCAAGGAAGACGGGUUUUUCGUUGAUUGGGACAUUGCUAAAGUGAAACUGCCAGCUUUCAAGGCUGGUCACCACGUGAUCGAGUAUUCCGUCAUCUUCAACGAUUUCGUUACUCUGGAAUGGUUGUAUAUCCUUGGAGACUUCGGUGUCAGCUUGACUGGUAAGUUUGCCACUAUUGUAGACUUGCCAAAGACCCUGGCUAUUGGUGAUUAUGCUUUGCAAGGUCUUCCAUUCUACGGUGGAAAUUUGAUCUACAACAUCCCCGUUGCGGAUUUGAAGAUUCCAGAAGGGAAGAAACACUUUUUGAGAGUUGCUGAGUUCAAAGGACCAGUUGUUGAAAUUUCCCUGGAUGAUAAGCGUGUUGGUGUGAUUGCGUUUGACCCAUUUGAGAUUGAGUUGCCAGAAUCGUUCCAGAACUCCAAUAUCUUACAAAUCAAGGUAUACGGAGACCGUGAAAAUACCUUUGGCUCGUUGCACAACAACAAUCCACCAUAUCCAUGGUGUUGGCCAGGAGCAUGGAGUGAGACGGGAGACAGGUGGACCUAUCUUUACAGACUUGGUCAGAAGGGUCUGGUGAACCAUCCACAGAUCAUUGGCGCUUGA